CCACAAAGCAUCACAACCACUUCCGGCCUUCCACAAGCAACAGUUCGACUUGAGUAGCAGUAUGGCAAAAAACUUCUCCCUGAUCUUUGCCCUGGCGGCACUCUGCUGCCUGGUGGUCUCCACCGAGGCGGCGGCUCAGCGCAGCCGCGUCCUCAGCUCCCGCCGUGGCAUCGAGCUGGUCGAGAACACCGCGGACAGCAAGGAGCAGACCGAGCUGGCCGCCCAGGAGCAGGAGAUCGAGCGACAGGAGCAGGAGCAGAAGAACGGUCUGGAGGCACGCAGCGAGGAUGGCGCCGUGGCCACUGAGAACAAACAGGACAGGGACACCGCCACCGCCACCAAGGACAAGGACACCGUGGUGCGGCCCAACAAGGAUGACGCCCGUGCCCGCCGCAUCGUUCGUGCCGGCCGUCGUCGUGGUGGACGCCGCGGUGGUCGCCGAGGAGGUCGCCGCGGACGCCGCGGAGGACGCCGAGGUGGACGCAGGCGCGGUGGACGUCGCGGUCGUGGCGGUGCCCGUCGCCGCACCUCCAUCAAGAGGCGCACCGGCAAGGGCAGAGCCUAAGAUAACCCCACCCCCCAGGUAACCCGAACUGUCCGAUCCCCUGAUUCGAAUAGCACAAAUAAACAAUAUUUAUAAAAACCAAACAUCAAAAAA